AUGGAUUCUCUGGACUUGGUGAGCCCGUACCUGUUCAGGUACAAAAGAAGAAACUUUCUGGUCAAGGAUGAAAUGCGACCCAAGGACCUUGAUGCCCUCCAGCAUUUUGAGCUCCGUCCUACUGAUAUCUUCCUCGUUACAUACCCCAAAUCAGGCACAACAUGGCUGCAGCAGGUCCUGGUCCAGAUCAUGGAAGCUGCACACCCUGACUGGGCAGAAGAUGUCACCAACAGGACACGAGUUCCUUGGCUUGAGGAGAGAAAUGCGGACAACCCUUUACGAGAAAGGUCAGAUCCUCGGAUCUUUGGCUCACAUCUCCCUCCUGACAUGUUGCCCCAGGGAGUGAAAGCUCAACGACUCAAGAUUGUGUAUGUUUGGAGGAACCCCAAAGAUGUCCUGGUGUCCUUCUAUCACUUUGCCCACAGUUGGGUGUUGCUGGAAACACCAAAGAGCUUUGAGGAUUUCUUUCAGCAGUUCCUGGAUGGUGAUGUUUACAUGGGUUCCUGGUUUGAUCAUGUGCGAGAAUAUCAGGAAACACGAGACCAACUGGACAUCCAUUUUGUGCAGUACGAGCGCAUGUUGAAGGACCUCAGAGGGGAAGUUGUGAAGCUUUGUGCGUUCCUGGGAAAAGAUUUGACAGAGGAAGCCGUUGAUCAUGUUGUGGAGAUGUCUACCUUCAAAAACAUGAAGACCAACCCCAAAGCCAACUACAAGGACUUAGUUGAAACCAAACGCUACUCUGCCAAAACCAUGCGCAAAGGUAUAGCAGGCGACUGGAAGAAUGUCUUCACAGUGGCCCAGGAUGAACAUUUUGAUAAAGAAUUUAAAAAGAAGAUGAGUAACGUGCCUCUCAGCUGCACCUGGGAGAUCAAACAGUAG